CCGCCCGGCGAAUGAACCGACAGACUCGAACUCGACGCGUCUCAUUUCCAUAACAAGAAACAUAACCUAAGUAUAACCAAGUUUACUAGUUUAUAAAUGUAAUUCCGACCGAUACCACAUUCUUGUGUGAGCUGGUGAACAGAAUUAAACAUGAAAUCUUUUAUAGAAUACGGACCUAAUUCGGACUUUCCAAUUGAAAAUCUUCCGUAUGGUGUCUUCACUUCACCAAAAAAUGAUAUCAAACAUAUCGGUGUUGCAAUCGGGGACUGGAUAUUGGAUUUAAAUGUGAUCUCUCAUCUGUUCGAUGGACCUUUAUUGAAAGAUAAACAGAAUGUUUUUAAGGAGGAGAAAUUAAAUGCUUUUAUGGGAUUGACAAAAUCACAUUGGAUUGAAGCGAGAAGUACACUUCAAAACCUUCUAGAUGUAUCCAAUUCUACGUUACAAAAUGACAGUGAACUCAAACAAAGUGCAUUCGUCAAACAGAGCGAAGCAACAAUGCACGUUCCAGCUGAAAUCGGCGACUACACAGAUUUCUAUUCGUCUAUCCACCAUGCUACCAACGUAGGCAUCAUGUUCAGGAGUAAGGAAAACGCCCUCAUGCCGAAUUGGAAACACCUACCGGUUGGCUACCACGGGCGGUCCAGUUCCAUUGUGAUAUCGGGCACGCCGAUACAUAGGCCUUAUGGUCAAACACUGCCUGUUGAAGGUGCCGAUCCCCACUUCGGGCCGUGUCGCCUGAUGGACUUUGAGUUGGAGGUGGCCUGCUUCGUCGGAGGACCACCUACCGCACUUGGACAGAGAGUCACAGCAAAGCAGGCUGAGGACCAUAUCUUUGGUUUUGUGCUCAUGAACGAUUGGAGUGCGAGAGACAUACAGAAAUGGGAGUAUGUCCCUCUAGGACCUUUCACAGCCAAGAACCUCGGCACGUCAGUGUCCCCAUGGAUUGUUACCGUGGAAGCCCUUAAGCCGUUCGCAGUAGACAACUAUCCGCAGGAUCCCACACCGUUCGAAUACUUAAGACAUGAUGACAAAUUCAAUUUCGAUAUCCGAUUGGAGGUCGAUAUACAAUCUGAAAAGUCUCCCGUUGUAACGACGAUAUGUCGUUCGAACUACAAGUAUCUAUAUUGGACGGCGAAGCAACAACUAGCUCAGCAGACCGUUACCGGCUGCAACUUGAGACCUGGCGACUUGCUAGGAUCAGGCACUAUAAGUGGCGAUACUGUUGACUCUUACGGAAGUAUGCUGGAGAUUUCAUGGAAAGGCACCAAGCCUAUUCGCCUGCUCAAUGGUGAAGAACGGAAAUUCCUUCAAGAUGGCGACACAGUAAUACUCCGUGGAUACUGUAUCAACGAACAUGGUGUCAGAAUUGGUUUUGGGAAUUGCAGUGGAAAAUUACUGCCCGUUGUACCUUUUAAUGGAUAAAUUAUAUAUAAACCGCAAAAAUCUAUGCAAAGUUGUUAUCAUAAAUAUAAACGUAUAUGUAAUCUAAGUA